AUGAAACUUCUGAAGCCACUGCUUGUCCUCUUGUUGUGGAUAACUCAAUCAUCCCAGAAGAUACCUGUCUAUAUAGGAGGCUUCUUUCCCUUAAGUCCAAACAAAGCAUCAGUCCCAGGACAAGCGCUUUUGGCAGCGGCAGAACUGGCUCUAGAUCACGUGAACAAGUCUGACGUACUGCAAGAUUAUGAGCUGAAUAUGAUUGUCAAGGACUCAAAGGUGUGUAGCGAAGUAAUGUUACCACGUGUUCAAAAGCGUGACUGUUGACAUGCUAGUUCAAAGUUCGGAAGUAUAAGUGUGACGCAGUUGUGACAAAAAAAGUCCAAGCGAGUGUAGUUCUGAUUUGGACUGCUUGUAACAAUGACUGACGUCAGUGUGAUGACGUCAGUCUGAUGUUGACUUCCUUAGAGGCUGUCCCUAUUAAGGAGUCUCUCAUCCUAACAGUUCUGCGAGAUUUUGUUCGUUGACGCCAAGAAAUUGUUACUUCUACUUAACAUUAUGUUAACAGAGAAAAGAAAAAUCUAAUCAGGAUCCACUUUAACAGAUUAAUUUGUCUAGGCGUUUUGCAAAACUAGUUUUGUCUUAUGACCUCUUCAGUUGUCCACCUAACGAUUGCUUUCAAUCUACUUUGGUCAUUGUGUAUACUCUAGCUUCCCAGAUCCUUCUUUUAUCAAUUGGCCAGUAGGUUUUCGCCUGGCGCCGGGCGCAGCUCGGUUUCAGGCAACUGUGGUGUCAAGGUCGGUACAGGUAGAUAGCCGAAGGGCAGCCCUAACAGUAAGUGGGCGGCUCAGGGUUGAGUGGUGUAGGGAUGUUGACACCACUGUUUCAGCAGGAAAGUAGUAUUCACUAGAGGCUUUGAUUGAGAGGUUACGACAUUAAUUUUUGCAUAACACAGCUAAAUUAUACCUCUGCUGACUAUAACUAUAAUGGCUAUUAGUAAAAUCCAGCUAGCGGUAUAUUAUCAAUGCUGCGUUCUGAUUGGUUGAGCUACUACUAGGCUAUAUGUUAUAGCCCCCUAGUAGCGAAAAGCGCAAAAAAGGCUUAAAGUCUAGCUUUAACUAGCUUUAAUUGUUAAAUAUACCAUGAUGGCUAAGCCAAUCAGAGCUCUAGAAUUGCAUUAUCCAAUGAUUCAGUUUUUAAUAAAAAUUGAUACAAUUUAACACUCUCAUCAGUGUGACCCGGCUUAUACCGCCAACAUGUUUAUGGACCUGCUGUCAGAGGAGCCCAACAGUUUAAUGGCAUUUGGAGCGGCAUGUUCGGAUGUCACGGAAAUUUUGGCUGAGAUGUCGGCAUACAGGAAAUUAGCACAGGUUUGUUAAAUUUUGCCGCCAAGCUGGUUGUAUCUGCCAAUUAGUCUGCGGACCGUCAAAGUCAUUCUCUUCCACCCAGUCAAAUUAGUCCAUCGAUAAUUGAUCAUUCCAACUAUCAGUGGGGUUGUCAUCCAGCUCAUUCAAUAGGUUUGAAUGAGUUUUUAAUCCUUCACCUCGUCAGUCAGACAACCAGACAGUUAUGUAUAGCUAAACAUGAUUUCAGUCACUCAGAAGACAAUUAAGCCAAAUCAUUUAGCCAAACAAGCAGCCAUCAAACAAUGCCGUCUGAUUUUGGUCAGUUAAAUCAUUUAACCGAUGGAUCCCUCAGUCUUCGGUCACUCAGAGUCGUCAGUUAGUAAGCUAGUCAGUACCGACAGUCAUCGGUCAUUAAUUCCUUCAGUAACUGUUGGUCAGUCACUUAGCCAGACAUUCUAGCCCUCUCUGUCAGUAGGUAAAGCAGUAAGUCAGUGAUUGAGUCAGCCGGUCAGUUGGCGAGUAAGCUAGUCAUUCAGUCAGUCGGUUAGCCCGUCAGUUAGUGAGUCAUUCAGUCCGUCAGUCAGUCAUUCAGCUGGUCAGUCGGUCAGCCAGUCAGCCAGUCAGUCAGUCGCGGAGAGAGGGGGGGGGGGGGGGGGGUGGGGGUUCAGGCCCUCAGUUAGUCGGCUUUUCCUCCGGUAAAGGCGUUUCAAUGGGCCUUCCCAUCCUUUUGUCUUUCCGUUCGCUGUUUUUUCGUAAUUGUUUGUACCCCUGAAAUUUUCCUUGCUACUUACAAUGUAAGACGUAAGGCGUGGAGGGAGUCCGCCGGGUAGUGGUGGGGGAACCGAGCAAUUCAGUCAGUUGGUUGGCCGGGCGGUUAGGUAGUCAGUCCGGCCGUCGGUCAGUCAUUCGGCGGGCCGGGCGGUCGGCCGGGCAGCCAGGCAGUCAGGCGGGGGGGGGGGGGGGGGGGGGGAGAGGGUUGGGGUUCAGUCACUCAGUUAGUCGGCUAUUCCUCCGGUAAAGUCGUUUCAAUUGGCCUUCCCAUCCUUUUGUCUAUCAGUUCGCUGUUUUUUCGUAAUUGUCUGUACCCCUGAAAUUUUCCUUGCUAACUACAAUGAUUACCUCCCAUUUUAGAUUUCUUAUGCGUCUAGAUCUCUGGCAUUAUCAAACAGAAAUAGAUUUCCAACGCUAUUUCGUGCCCUGCCCUCGGAAUCUGCGAGAAACCUGGCACGAGUGGCGUGGAUUAAACAUUUUGGUUGGGAAAGAAUUGCAACAAUGUUUGAAAAAACAAGGAGUGACCUGGUAAGUUUCCACUCGUUCAGUUUGGUGCUUUUCUCAGAAUUGAUUGAGAGUCAUUUUAAAGAAACGCGAAUUCACUUUGUGCCACCUUAUAAUGACGUGGGUUCCCUUCGUCGUAUCUUUUAUACAUUUUUCUGCCGGUCCAAACCAUUUCUUUUCAUAAAUUUAUUUUGUUUUUGUCUCCUCUAAGGCAUCGCAAUCCAACAGCCAAGUAAUCAGAGAACUAAAAAAAAUAAAUAGAACAGUUCUUUUGUCUGAAGAAGUAACGGGUAAUCAACAAAUCGAUCUUCAGCUGAAAACGCUUGAGGUGAGGCCAUUUUUGGGUCGCGCUAGGGACUGGGUGGGUGUUGUGACGAAUUGCACUAUGGGACUGUUUUGAGGGACACACUUUGAUCCAGUUUCCUGUGCAAGCGUCUGAUAGUUAGAGCAAUUCGACAAAACAUCGACCCAGUGUUGCAUAACCGCAUUCGCCACUCGCACAUCUCCAUUAAUACACCAUGUUUACCCAACCCCCCCCCCCCAAAAAAAAAAAAAAAAAAAAAAAAAAAAAAAAACUUUAAAAAAAUAAUUUUUUAAAUUUAUCUUAAAAUGAAAAGAAAACCAAAAGGGAAAAUAAAAAAAAAAGAAGGGGAUAAAAAUGGUGGGGUCAGGGGGGGGGGUAGGAAAAUAAAAAGAUGAUUUAAGAUAAAUAUGAAAUAAUCAUUUUGAUAUAUUUGCAAUGGGUUUUGUUGUGUUCUUGUGUUUCCACCGGUUUUCUCUCCCAUCUUAAAAUUUUUUUCCCCUAUUUGUUUUUCUAAAAUAAAAUAAAUUCCCCCUUUUCCCCUUUCCCCCAAACCCCCUUUUUUUCCCCCCCCCCCCCCCAUUCCCCCAAAUAUUUUGCGUAACCUUUUUUUUUAAUUUCUCCUGUGGGUAUUGUGGUCAUCUGAAGAGAAAUUAAAGACAAUACUUAUGCAAAGUUUUUUUUUGUUUUUGUUUUUUUUUUUUUUUUGGGGGGGGGGGGGUGGGUAAAACUGGGGUUUUUAUUGGGUUGUGGGGGGGGGGAGUGGGGUUUUGCCACAUUGGGUGGGUUUUUUUUUGUAUUGUUUUAAAUUUAAGACGUUGCCCCGCGAAACUGGAUAAAAGUGUGCCCCUCAAAACAUACACACAGUUCAUUUUGCAAAAACACCACAAUAAACCAAACCCCCCCCCAAAAAAAAAAAAAAAAAAAAAAAAAAAAAAAAAAACUUUCAAUAAUUUUUUUUUUUAAUUUCCUUUAAAAAAACCCAAAAACCCCAAGGAAAAAUAAAAAAAAAAGGUUACCAAAAAAUUUGGGGGGAAGGGGGGGGGGGGGGGGGUCAAACAAGGGGUAUUAUGGGAAAUGUGCAAAUGGCGAAUUCAUUUAAUUUGAGAAAUACAUACUGUAGAGAAUAAUUUGCACCAUAUUUUGAUAUUCACUUCAUCGUGUAAAAAGCAGGAUGGAAGAAUGAGAAAAAAGGGUUUAUUUAAACUGGAAUAUUCAUUUCUACGUUUCUUCCGAUUUUUUGUUUCUGAUACGCAGUUGUAACAGGAGCAUCUUGAGAGUGAGAGGCAUUUUAUUGUCUUCUUCCGCUAAGGAUGAUAUAUCUCGAUAUCUGAAAUUUUUUGCAGCGAAAUGACGCUCGGAUUAUUGUUGGAACAUUUUAUGAAGCACAGGCGAGGCAUGUCUUCUGUCAGGUAAUUUAGGAAAAGGUGUAUUAAAGGCACCCCCCUUUUUCGAAAAUGAAUGAAAAAUUUUGUCCUUAUGUUAUGGUAGCCUUUCACUGCAUGCCUUCUUUCAUAUUUCCUGGAAAGAGUGUAUGCCUCCGAUCUUGGAUGAAUUCUAAAAAUAGUUAUGUUCACGGAAUGAGCACUGUGCCACUCUCUUCCCUGCUAUUUGUUAUCUUAAUUGAUCAGAUAUUGAUCGUUCAUUUUAACUUUCCAGUACACAAAUUCGGAAGUGUUUUCAUUUUUAGGCAUACAAGUCAAACCUGUAUGGAGUUCGGUAUGUCUGGAUUCUGAUUGGAACGUACACGCACAAUUGGUGGUCGGUACCAGACCCUACUCUGACUUGUACCAAGGAAGAAAUGAAGAAAGCUGUAGCAUACACAUUCAUAUUCAAUAAUCAAAUAUUUGUGACCGAAGAAGAGAAAGAAAAAGAGAACAAAACACUUUCAGGCCUAGUGAGUAUUUGCUUAUCUCUUAUAAGACUUUGGCAUAAUUGUCGUGUGCUAUGGCAUGGCUUUAUUCGCCAGGGACCUUUUUCGUUAACUUUACUACUUAUUUUAUUUUCCAUCUUCUCAUAGCCAUUUACAUUUGAGCGAAUAGAAAUGCUCAUGAAACGUAUGAGAGAUUCUUUCAUGCGCUUAUAUUGCUACCAUUACUGUGGAGGUCACAGGUCGCGUUGGUUUGGACCGUACUGUUGCCAGGGAAACAUAAAUACGUUGAUUUCUCCCAAAAUUCCUAGCCUGUAUUCCUAGCCCUGUAAAUCCGGUGUGAUCAUGCGCCUUUAUGACGUGAAAAAGGGAGGGCGGUGCUUGAAGGUAAAGACGUAAAUGACAAACAAACCUGGCGUUUUUGGUCUGGAAUCCAUAUUUGGCUAAGGAUGUGCUACCGUUAGAAAAAGUUCAAAGAAGAGCCUCUCGGCUUGGUCUCGGGAAAAAACGUGGGGAGAUGGAAUACGAAGAUCGUUAAAGGAAGCUAAAGUGGCCUACACUCAAAACGUAUAAAUUGUUUCUUUCUUUAGUUGAAUGCCACAAGAUCGUUUUUUGCGUGAACAAACUAAACCUUGACGAUCUUUUUGAUUUUACCAAGGGCAAUUAACCCGUGCUAACCACCCUUAUUAGCUAUAUGUUGAGCCGGCAAAGUGCAAUCCUUAUAAAUUUUUUUUCCUAUCCGAAUCAUGCGGGACUGGAAUCUAUUGUUGAGGCUGGGAGCCUGAACCGUUUUAAGAGUGCGGUGAAGCUCUUCCUAAAUAUCCAUUGGUUAUUUUUCUUGUUCUCAUCUAUUGUUAUUAUUGAUCGUUGAAGAUCCAAUUUAUAUUUUUGUAAAUAGUUUUUUUAUUUUAUAUAUUCUAUGUUAUACAUAGCUAAUAUCUGUUUUGACUUUCUAUUUAGGGAAACGUCUUAGGGGCAACAUCCAGUUUUCCUUUUCAAGAUGUUUUAUAAUUCUUAUUUUCGUCAUCUUGAAUAAAUACGUUAUGUUAUGUUAUGUUGUGUUAACGACGAAAUUGAUUUUAAGGGGCUAUUGUGUCUAUCCACAGACAACCAGGCAAUUUUAUGAACAGUAUAAAGAGAGAUUAAAGAAGUUAAACUUAUCAAGAGUACCAAACAUUACCGCUUACACUUACGAUGCUGUGUGGACUGUAGCUGUGUCACUGAACAAGUCUAUACCAGUUCUCAAGUCCAUAGGGCUAGAGUUGCAAGACUUUUACCGUAAUAAGACGGAAAUGACCAAGUUGUUUGUACAGACCAUUCAAGACAUACACUUUCUUGGAGUUACUGUAAGUUGAAAUAUUUUUGCAUUGUUGUAUCUUUUAUUUGUUAAAUAGCAACUGCGACCACAUAGCUCGAAUAAAGCCUUCUGCAGAGAAAGCGAUGUGAAAGCCAGUUCGAAAACUGUUUUCGUUUUCAGGGAGAAGUCGCGUUUUUUGAUGACGGCGACCGGUAUGAUGGUAUGGUGGAAAUUCUUCAACAGCAUCCAGGUACUUGCCAUAUAUACUGUGCUAAGACUAAGCCUCAGACCUAGCGAACGCCGUGGCAUUCGGCCUUGCAGAAGCCGGUCGUUUGGUGUGCUUGACAUCAUUUACACGUUUUUACAUCCUUAAGGGACAGUAAAGUGGGUAACAAAAACGUGUAACUUGUUUUGCAACGAGUUGGAAUGAAAUAUUGCACGUUUUACCACCCACAAAUCAAACCUGUCAUGCAACAAAUCCGGUUUUUGCAAGUUGCGUGAAUACUAACUUCUGAAACAGAUUUUGUUGCAAAAAGUAGAACUGAUGUAUACUUUCUGCAACAACUUUUCGCAACCAGCAAAAACCUAAUUUGUUGCAAGACAAGUUUGAUGUGGGUGGCAAAACGCGCAACAUCGCUAUUCAACUCUUAUUGCAUCAAUGUUGCAAGACAAGCUGAAUGUUUUUUGUUGCCCGUUUUCCCGCACCUUUAGAACCAGUUGUGUUCUAGAAUUUUAUUGAUUAGCAUCAUAACAUUUGCUCAUAGCAACUGGAUAAAUGCUCGGGUGAUUUCAAAAUUACGAUGAGGGAAGUUAUAAUUAAGCAUUGAGUCAAAGAAGAACAGCAGCAUUUUGUCACACUUAGAUUAAGAAGGAAAGCCGAAUGGCUUUACACUUAGAAAAAGAUACCAACUGUAAAUCCGGUCCUAACAGCUUCAAAAACGUGUUUGCAAACCCUCAGGGCUAAGAUUAGAUUUGGCGAGAAAAAGAAAUAAGAGACAGAAUACUCAGCACGAUGAGAAAAUGCAAACACAGCCUGGGAAGUCGUGUAAUGACAGUUGCUGGCUUUCCUGUUCACAGAUGGCCGCGCGGUGAAGGUUGGUUGCUACGACGCACGCGUCAAAAAGCUUCAGCUCUUUGGUCAAGGAAAUGUUUGGCCAGGUAACUACUUUAUUAGCCUAAAAUUAAUAUCCUUGCUGUAUAUUAAUUAUCUUGGCUUGAGGCAAGAACUUCACACUCGACGAAGUGAAAGGAGCUUGAAUGACGUUUAAGACGCGAAAGGAAUCUCAGCCCCUGGCCGUGAUAUUCGCUGCACAUUGCUCGAAUACUGAAUUUUUAAGACAACUAACAGGUUCCUUUCGUGUAAUAACUACAUUUCAUACUACAAAGCCAAGUGACAAUAAAUACAUGAUAGAAGAUAGAAAGCGAGUAAGAUAUGAAUGCCUAGCUCUUAGGUACUGACUUCACAUUGAUGAAAUGGACACCAAUGUAAACGCAAAAUCUUACGUUACAACAUUUCGUAUGAUGAAAGUGCCCCAGAUUAGUCAGAAAAACUUAUUACUUAUGUUAUUGAUUCCUUUAAUGGCCUAAAAAAAAUGAAGGGAUAUGCAGUUCUUUCUGUUCAAAAGGCAUCAAGCAUACUGCAGAUAUAAUAGUUUAAUAUAUGUGGAGAACAUACUUAUUUUGUUAUUUUGUUCACAGAUGGUAGAAUUCCUCUUGACAAGACAAUCACAGUGACUGAGUAUGUCAAGAUAUCCAUGUGGCUGAUCAUUUUAACAAGUUGUCUGAGUACUCUCGGAAUUGCUCUAGCGAUCUUUUUAUUGGGAUUCAAUCUUCGUUAUAGGAAGAAAAAGUUAGUGUCUAAUCACCCUUGUUUCAAAAACUAAAGAUUAAAAACUUUAACCAAUAAGAAGCUUGAAAUAUGACGUAUAUGAUAGAGGUGAGCCAUAAAGAUGGCUAUGAGCACCACAUUCUUGAUGAACAUGACUAUGGCACCACAUUCUUGAUGACCGUGGCUAUGGCCACCAUAUUCUUUAUCACCAUGACUACGACCACCACAUUCUUGAUGACCGUGGCUAUGGCCAGCACAUUCUUGAUGACCAUGACUAUAACCACAAAUUCUUUAUGACUAGAACUAUGAUGACCAUGAUACCGACCAUCGAUCCGACCUUGCCAUUAUUAAGAUCAUGACCGUCUUCUUUACUUCGAGGAAGGAUACCCCCAAAAUGCAUGUUUGAUUGGCACCUAUGCCGACAGAAUAAAGCAUGCUAUCUUAUAUUUUCCCCAGGUAUAUAAAACUAUCAAGUCCAAACCUAAAUAACGUGAUUCUUCUUGGAGGCAUCAUGAUGUAUUCUACUGUGUUUAUAUAUGGAUUGGAUGGAAGACUGUCACCACUCAGUUACAAUUACGUCUGCCGUGUGAGUCUAACUAACAAAUAGUGAUGCUAUGGCGAUAUCAUAUUGAAUGAAGGCAUAAGCUCAUAGCGGCUGAGUUGUCAUGAGAUGAUUACACUGUGAUUUUGUCGGCAGUGACUAUGCAUUGUACGGCUAAAUAACAGUGAUAACUUAAAAGAAAAUCUCCACAACACCGGACAAUUUUAUUGCAAUUGUAACAAUGCCGAUAAUGUACACCACCAUCAACAACAAAAUACGCACUAUGAACUGGACAAAUAAUUAAAUAGAAAAAUGCUUUUUUUCAGGCCCGAUUCUGUUUAUUAUCCCUUGGAUUUACAGUUGGAUUUGGGGCAAUGUUCUCGAAAACGUGGCGAGUUCAUCAAAUUUUCACCAAUAUCAAGAAAGUGAGAAAGGUAACUUAAUAAUUUUUACAUGCUAUUUGCUCAUGAACAUUUUAUUUUCAUGGACAAAAAACAGAUCAAGAAAAAAUACAAAAAAGACCAGAAAGACAUAGAAUCAUACAUCAACCGCCAAAGCAUAUUUCUUUGAUAGGUUUGAACCCAGGGGGGGUACUCGGGAUUUCAAGUGACGGGGAUGAUGGAAGGAUUUUUUUGGGUUUGAAAUUUUCGAUUUCGGGAUUUUUUGGGUACGAAAAUUUGGCAAUUAUUUUUUUGGUAGCUUGAUUUGAGUAGGGAUUUUUUUGGGUAUUAGAAAGAAUCGGUAGUGCCCUGGCUGCGUAGUUCUCCGAAUAAAGUACAAACAAACGUGUUUUGCUGUUGUUUAAUAGUUAACUAUGGUGUCGCUUUACAUCGCACGUGUUAUACAAUAGUCUGCAUUUUUGGUCCAGGGAUUUUUUUGGGUUCUGCUGGAAGCCCUAGGGAUUUUUUUGGGUCUUGACUUUUGGCUCCAUUUCAUCAUCCCCGUCACUUGAAAUCCCAAGUACCCCCCCUGGGGGGUUGAAUAAGAUAGAAUCAGAAUUUCUCUGAGAUGAAUGUCGUCUUGCGAAGGAGUGGAGAUAUAAAUGGAAUUAUCUUAAAAGGUACUGACAUUUCAAAAUGUUGUACAUCCCUGGAUGAAAGACGACCCCCCCCCCCUAAAAAUACCUGCGUGGGAGGCCCUUCUCUUGCAGGUUUUUCGAGAUUCCGAUAUGUUUCAUUCCAACGGGCAUGAGCGCAUUAUUUGUUAAUUAUUGACUGUUAAUAUCUGUUAUUACCCCCUCUCAACAGGUGGUUCGUGAUUUUGAUCUGUUCCGGCUGUUGGGGGCUUUGGUAUUUGUUGAUGCUUUGUUGCUGGUGAUCUGGAUGACCCUGCAUCCCCCCAGCAGGAACGUCAUAAUUCAGACGGAAGGAACUCGCUCGGUAAGACUUGGUAGUACUAAUAAGUGAUUUAACAUUUGGUACCUAGCCAUGGUAGAUGUCAACAGGAAAACGCACGUGAACUCUAGUUGGCGAUGAGACGUCUGCAGUUGAAGUGCUAAUAAUUAGAAAAAAACUAACUUCUUUAAUUCCAUAAUGUUAGUUUGAAAAAUUUUUUUAAGGAACAAUUUUGCAAUUUUGUUCUAAACAGCGCCAGGGUUUAAAAGGCUUGGAAGUACAUCUCUACCCAAACUUCCUCUGGGUUUCCUCCCCCCUCAACGGGCGUAAAAGCAAACAAGGAAAAUACAAAGGCGAAGGAUAACAAACUGUGUACGUUAAAAAAAAUUAAGGAGCAAGUAUAAACACACACUCAAUUGAUAACAGACAAAAAGAGUUCAAAAAUUAUAUUAACUGGUAUGUUCUUGAGAUGAAUAAGAAAUCUAUUUACCUUCGGCAAGAUCAAAAACGACCCCUUGUAGGUUCGUUCUGAUUUCUUCUCAUUUCACCUACAGGUGUCUGAGGAUCGCGAUUACAGGACGAUUCUUUACCGUGAGGAGUGCUAUGGCCCUCAUUUCACAGUUUGGAUUAUUGUAUUUUAUACUUUUCACAGCCUUCUGCUUAUUUUUGGCCUGUUUCUCGCAAUUGGGACUCGAAAGGUUUCUAUCCCUGCUCUGAAUGACUCGCGAUUCAUCGGCAUCAGCGUGUAUAACGUGGUGCUUUUGUGUGCAAUUGGUGUUCCUGUGUCAUUCUUCGCCAACAGCCACCCCACCAUCAGUUUUUGCCUCAUCUGUGCAGUCAUCUUGUUUUGCACGACGCUGACUCUUGGAAUACUAUUCAUACCUAAGGUAAGGACGCUUUAGUAGUGGUUUAAAUGAAAACAACCUUGUCUCAUUAUUUGCCUUUGUUUUUAUACCAGAACCUUCAUACUGUAAAGCAAAGUUAACACCAUCAACAGGGAACGUAGUCUGCUCAGUAGCUUUAUGUAACAGUCACUUUUGCCAGGAUUUUAUCCCCAGUUUCAGAAAGUUUAAAAAUCUGUGUAAACCCGUACACGGCAUAACAGAAAAAUGCCUCUUUGAUGCUCUCAGCUAAAUGGUCGGAACUAAUCCACACUUUCAUGUACUCAGUUUGUAUCAAAUGCUUAGAUAGUUUAAUUUCAUAUUUCUCAGGUUUACAAAAUAUACAAAAAUCCGGAUGAGAAUCCUCUUAGACGUGGUCUCAACAGCACGGCAUGUGGAUCAUCAAACAGGCAGUUCCUUCAUGUGCCAUCCUUUGAUGCAUUGCGGAAUAGCGCUCAAGUUGAGGAAGAGAAUCAACAGCUGAGAGAAGAAGUAGAAACGGUCAGGGUUUAA